AUGACCGAGGCCGUAUCACCACCUGCUUUGCAGGUAAUCAUAUUGGGUUCUGGAGGUGGUCCCCAGGAGUCUAAUACGACUGCGUUUCUGGUUCGCUCAGUGCCCCAGAACUGGCGCAAGGGCUCCAUAGUAGCAGUGGAUGGAGGUGUUCACCUAUCUGCCAUCACUCGUCUUAUCGAGGAGGCUCUGCCCGAUUCGCCGCCACCAACGCCGACACCAUCAUCUGCUCCUGCUCGUCAGAUUCUGACAACUGGUCCUUUUGCGGGGCUAGAGCUGCCGUUUACUACAGCUGCGGCGAAUGCCGCCCAUGUCACCCGCACUCUUGUUGAUACAUAUCUGAUCACCCACCCUCAUUUGGAUCACAUCUCCGCGUUUGUCAUCAACACAGCAGGCCUGCCGGGCACUCGCCCAAAGAAGCUGGCUGGCCUUCCAGGCACAAUCAAGGCCCUCAAGGACCACAUCUUCAACAAUGUUAUUUGGCCUAAUCUUAGCGACGAAAAUAACGGUGCUGGUCUUUUGACAUAUCUUAGACUGGUGGAAGGUGGAAGUCCUGCACUAGGCGAGGGCUAUCUAGAAGUAUGCGAUGGACUGCUCGUCAAGACCUGGAGCGUGAGUCACGGACAUUGCAUGGAAAAGCACACGCAUCGUGGAUCUUUUUGCAACCAACCGCCGACCCGUCAAGGCAGCCAAGACGGGUCAAGCAUACCGCUUCGGAGAGACACCUACUACCCGCACGUUCAUGACUUUGCAUCGCACUUCGCCCGUCGAGAAACGGUCAACCACCUUUACCCCCCGGCUUUCUCACGGCGUCCGAGUAUGAUGCCUCAGGGAGGCACUUCGACGCCGAUAUUCAGCGGGGGUGAAUUUGAGCCAAGACCGUGCGUUAACGACUCGAGCGCAUAUUUCAUUCGGGAAGAGACGUAUGAGCGUGAGGUGCUCAUCUUUGGAGACGUGGAGCCGGAUAGCAUUUCUCUCAGCCCGCGCAACCUGCUGAUCUGGCAAGAGGCAGCGCCUAAGAUUGCAGCCGGCAAGCUGGCCGCUGUUUUCAUCGAAUGUAGCUACACUGACGCACAGCCCGACGAGCGGCUAUUUGGCCAUUUGAAACCCGCCUAUCUCAUUGAAGAAAUGCAAGUUCUGGCCACCGAAGUAGAAAUCGCAAGAAAGGCGCGUGCCCUCGAGUCUAAGAAGCGCAAGCGGGACGCCGAAGAGGAUGCGCAAGUUCAGCGAAAGAAAGCUCCACCUACGUCCAUGCAGAGCCCCGGGUCAGAUGACCCUGUGUCUCCCAAGUCGGCCAAUCCUUUCAACAUGCCCUCUGAGUACUACUUUGAGGCCAAGCCUGACUCCGACACGCCGCACAUCGCCACUCCCACUGGUGAGCUAUCACUAGAUGAGUUUGGGGUUCCUAAUUUGGUGGUACCACCACCUAUCCACGCCGUCAAGAAGCCCCUUGAAGGCCUCAAGGUCGUCAUCAUCCACGUCAAGGAGACGUUAGCGGAUGGGCCGGAAGCCGGAGACUCAAUAUUGCAGGAGCUAAUAGAGCAUGAACAAGAAGCACAGCUGGGCUGUGAAUUUAUCAUUUCUAAGCCGGGGCAGAGUUUCUAUUUUUAG